CACAGCUUUACUUCUGCCAGUACCUCCUCUCCUACCUUCCAAACUUUACAGAACUACGCGCACAGCGUCGACCUCAUCAUCGGCGACUUCAUGGAGCGCCUCGGGUCGCGGCUCAGCAUCCUCGAGACCGAGCUCAAGUACGCGUGGAGGGCGCUCGACCUGCUGUCGCAGGAGUACCUCAAGAUGUGGGAACGCCUCGAGAAGCUCGAACUGCUGCUGUACGAGCAGCAGGCCGUGAUCGCGCAGCUGCUCGACUUCUACACGGCGGUGGGCACCGGCGAGGCGGGCGACGAGCGCGUGCCCGUCGUCACGGCCGAGGACCUGGAGGCGGAGCGGCUCUCGCGGGAGAUCACGGCGGCGUCGGGUGGCGACGACGUGCUGCACGUCCCCGACGAGGCCUUCUACCGCAGCCUCAACAACGCCUACCGCGACGACCUGGUGACGCCGGCGGACGUGGCCGCCGUGGCGCCCAUCGCGACGUCGCAGCUCGGCAUGAUCUGGGAGGAAGCGGAGGACGUGGAGGAGAACGGCGCUUCCGUCACUGUCACCACCAAGGAAGAGCAGCCGAGCGCCGGUAGCAGCGUGGGCGACGCCGAGGAAGAGGUGGAGGUGUACAGCGCGCUCGACUACAAGGACUACCGCGGGGACUCCCCUUGCGUGAGUGAGCAGGACCUGGCGCGGCUGAGCGCCAUCGACCAGGUCGCGCUGGAGAAGCUGCAGGAGCUGGACCGGCUGACGUCGAAGCUGCAGAGAGACUCGCGGGACCUGCGCGAGCUGCAGGACCGCCUGCUGCUGGACACGCCGGCCGGGUCGGCGCUCGCCGAGGAGAAGGCCGCCGCCGCCGCCGCCGCCGCCGCCGCCGCCGCCGCCGCCGGCGGCGACACCAGCGUCAUCGACCAGCAGCUGCGCCAGAUCUACGUGGACGCCGACCUGGACGGCUGGAGCUGCCUGUCCGACCUGGGCAAGUCGCGCUCCAGCUCGCGCCUCUCCACCGACAGUGGCACCACCGACCCGGAGGUGGCGGCUGCGCUGCGCUCGGCCGGCGCCGCCCCCGUGUCCGCGCCCUCGCCGCGGGCCUCGCCCCGGCCGCACCGCCGCCUCUACUCCGACGUGGCGCCGCCGCGGUACGACUACGACAAGCUGCCGUCGCCGGCGGGCAGCCUGCGCACGCGGCAGGACGGCUACGUGGGCGGGUCGACGCCGCCGCCGCCCCCUCCGCCGCCGGCGCCGUCGGGCCAGCGCGGACAGCUGGACCUGGACCUGUCGGCGACGCCCAGCCCGUCGCCUUCGAGCCCGCCACCCCCAGCGCCGCCGGACCACUUCCCUCUGCCCGGCAAAGACACCCUAUCUUCCGCCGCGUCCUCGAGACCGCCUCCACCCGGGAGCCCGGCGCCGUUCGUGGCUCCCAAAUCUGCGUCAAUUACUUCUCUCUCUUCCGAGCUGCAGCAGCAGCAGCAGCAGGGUAGGCUCAGUCCGAGGACGCCGCACUCCCCAAAGUCGCCGCGAAUGUCUCCAAAAAAUGUGCUCAAGUUGUCUUCGUCUUCCAACAUAUGUACCGCCAAAUCGGAUUCGGGGCUGUCGUCUAUGAGCGGUUGGUCGAGUGUCGAAAAGUCACCCGGGUCGCCCAAGAGCUCGUCCAACAAGACCCCGCCCUCCUCGUACGCGACGGCGGCGGAAGCGCUGAUGCUAGGGAAGGCGGACGCGUUCCCGCAGCCGGGCGACGUCAGCCCCCGUCCGCACACCAGUUCCUACGGCGACUUCCUGUACCGCAGCGAGCAGCCGGCCAUAUACUCCGUAGCGGGCAGCAACCGCCAACAACAGGCCUACACUUCGGUCUACACUAGCGGUACGGCUAGUUACAAGCCUACCGUAGGGGGAUUCCCCGACCUCGUCGAACCGUGCAACAACAACGAACAAAACAAUCUAGUCGGCGGCUACCGCAGCUACCGAGACGACCUUCAACAGCAGCAAAAUAAUUACCGUUACAACGACCGAGGAAGCAGCAGUGACCGCAAAUAUCAGCAGCAGCACCAGCCGGUGUAUCGGUACUACCCCGACAACGAAACGCCGAGCUCUUACCGCUACAUGGCCGAGCCACGAGGGCAGCCACCCACCAGGAGUCUAUCGACGAGCGUUUACCCCACUACGUCCGCUCCCGUCGGUCAGCAGUAUCCUAGCAAAAAGUCCCUCCAGCGCGGCCAUUCGACGGGCUCUGUUCCCAGCCAGGGUGUUUCUAAUAUGGAGGGCUACAAGACGGCCAUGUACAGGACUAUGUUCCCCACCGGCAAUAUUACUGACGCUCUUUCUUAUUAUCCCACAAGCAAUCGCUAUGACAAUAAUGUAAUGAUGCAGCAGCAGCAACAACAGCAAAUACAAGGCGGUAACUAUGCCCAGCAGUGGGCACCACUGGAUCAACAACAGAGUAUCAGUGUUGCAGGAAUGACUAUGAAACGUGACCACACGUCCAGUUCGAUUAGGUCUGUCGAGACGACGCAGCAGCAACAGCAGGAUCACGCAUAUAUGAUGGCACAGUAUGACCCGAGACGGCAGCAGGACGCUAUGUCGGAUAGACGAGAAGAUUACGGUGGUCCACGCGAGUACACCUGGAGCCAGCGGUCAGAUUUAGAGCUAGAUCUACGCAAUAGGAACCUUCCCGAGCACCACCACCUCAUACAAGACGGUCCAGAGUACUUCGAUCCGAGCAGUGUGAUAGUCUCCCAGUCUGGUUACAUCUCCAUAGCAGCCGAUAUCAAAGAUCCAACCUACGCAGUGGAGGAGCGGUCGAGCAAGAGGGGAAAGCUGAAAUCUGCCAUGAGCUCAGUCAGCAGCUGGCUGCCAGACUUGCACCUGUCUAGCAAGCGACACCGCUCCCAUUCACUGCCGGCUGGCGUGCGCCGCGAAGAUCUGGCGAUGGGAGGCAAGGCUACCAGUCGCACAAACGCCGCCUCCAAACAACAGUACGUCAGCACGCUGCCCCGCAAAAAGAAGAAGAACCCUCUGGUUUCUACGGUCUCGGGCAUCUUGCAGAAGGCCAAACGUAAGGGCGGCAGUGGCGCCCACUCACUGUCAGAUCCGGAACAGUCGGAAACGGAGUGGAGCGGACGAACCAGCGUCGUAUCCGACAGCGAGGAUAGCGUCUUCUCCGAUGCUGCGACGCCAGAACACGGUCCUGUAUUCGUCAAAGUGCAACGACAACAGCAACAACAACAACAACAACAACAACAACAGCAGCAGCAGCAGCAGCAACAACAACAACAACAGCAGCAACAACAACAACAGCAACAACAGCAACAGCAACAUCAGCAGUACCUGCAGGAGCAGGCGAUACUAAUUCAACAACAGCAACAGCAACUUAUGGACCAGGAACAGCUGUCCCUCCAGCAACAGCAGCAGGUACUGCAGAAGCAACAGCAGCAGAUCGAGAAGCAACAGCAACAAAUCGACAAACAGCAACAGCAGAUCGAGAAGCAGCAGCUGCAGUUGAAAAUAGAAGAGUCCAACUUGGCGGCUGCGCAGCCGGAACCCAAGGCGGAGAUACCGAAAAGCAGCAGCAAGCCGAUCGACCUGGCCGAGUCGGCGUCGCUGUUCGCGACGGUGGGCGACGUGAAACGCAGUUCGGCCCCGACGCAGCCGGCGACCACUCCGGAGGACGGCGCGCCGCCGCCCGCCGACAAGAUCCACCUGCCGCCAGGGGCCAUCGGAGGCGCGUCGCGCGAGUUUGCCGUCUCGCGGGCGCUCGGCAAGUACCGCCAGAGGCAGUCCUCCACCGUGUCUGAGGACCAGACGGGGACCGAGGACGCUGUCGGCACUGGUGCCAACAAGAUGGCCGACGACAGCCAGUCGCAGAUGUUCUCGGAAGAGGAGGACGAGGAGCUGCAGGAGCAGCAGCAGCAGCAGCAGCAGGAGACGGAAGUGGAGCGGAAAGUGAAAGCGAUGCAGGAGGGAAACGAGCCAGCCCCGCAGCCGGCCCCCCGGACGGAGCCAGAGUGGCAACAGCAACCGCAGCAGCCGCCGCAGCCGCAGCCGCCGCCGCCGCCGCCGCCGCAGCCAGCACCCCACCAGCAGCUGCCGGCGUUGCCCUCUGCUGAGGGAAGCCCCUCGCAGUCCGGCGUGCGGGGCGCGACGCCAGGGGGCCCCCCUCCGCAGCCGCAGCCGCGGCAGAGCCUCGAGGUGCCGUGGGGCCGCGACCUGCCGCAGGCGCAGGACGACGACGUGCGCAGCACGCACUCGUGGCGCAGCGCGUCACGCGUGUCGUCGCGCCGCCAGAGCACCGAGGACAGCAUAGACAGCGAGGACGAGUGGUACUGCUACGAGCUGCGCAAGCUCGAGGAGCUGGAGCGCCGCGUAGAGACCGGCGUGCUACUCGAGCCGGAGCCACCAUCGUUCGAGCCGGGCGAGGACAUCAAGGAGCAGAUGUCCUUCGUCCUGCAGGAGCUGCGGCUCAAGACGCGCCUCGUGGAGGCAGACGAGCAACCUCGCAGGGUCAGAGCCUCCGACCUAUGGGGACCCGAAGAAGAGGACCAACUGGAGGUGCCGCCCACAGGGGCAGCUACAGUCCCGGCCGAUGAGAGGCGCCGAUCCUCCGACGAAGAGUCUUCGUCGGGGGAGACGAGUGGCCCCGAUAGCCCCGACGAGGACGACAUGCUGUACGACGAAAUGAGGGAGGCGGAGCGCGGCCCUGUCUCUGUACAGGAGUACGAGGGGCCGACGGCGGCCGACCGAGACCGCGAGCAGCUGGUGGACGAUUCUGCCGCCACCCCAGCGGCGGUGGCGCCGCCUCCAGCAGCGGCUGACGGCGCGGAGGAGGUGGCCGCGGUGGCGGCAGCGGGGGCGGGAGGUCCCGGCAGCAAGUGGAAGCUGCUGAAGGCGCUCAAGGAGCGCAAGGCGGAGGAGAAGAUACACGAAGCGGCCGCCGCGGCGACCCCGGGCGCCAGCACGUGCGCCAGCACGGCCGCUUCUAAUGGAGCGGGAGUUGGCAGUGAAAGUGGCGGUCGAGGAAAUGGCCAUCCUGGAGAUAACACAUUCUACAGUAACAUCGACAGUAUGCCGGACAUUCGACCCCGGCGGAAGUCCAUACCACUUGUCUCAGAACUUACAAUGGCAGCAACCAAGCGUAAUGCCGGGCUGACAUCUGCAGUUCCCAGAGCCACUCUUAAUGAUGAAGAAUUGAAAAUGCAUGUGUACAAGAAGACACUGCAAGCCCUCAUCUACCCAAUAUCCAGCACAACACCCCACAACUUUGUUCUGUGGACAGCGACGUCACCAACCUACUGCUACGAAUGUGAGGGUCUGCUUUGGGGCAUUGCAAGACAAGGGGUUCGCUGUACAGAAUGUGGUGUGAAAUGUCACGAGAAAUGCAAGGACCUGCUGAAUGCUGACUGCUUGCAAAGGGCUGCUGAGAAGAGUUCAAAACAUGGAGCUGAAGACAAAGCAAAUAGUAUCAUCACUGCCAUGAAAGAACGUAUGAAGCAGAGAGAACGAGAGAAACCAGAAAUAUUUGAGCUUAUCAGGGCUGUAUUUGGAGUUGAAGAAAAAAGUCACAUUGGGCACAUGAAAGCUGUGAAACAGUCCGUAUUAGAUGGUACCAGCAAGUGGUCAGCAAAAAUAGCCAUAACAGUUAUCUGCGCCCAGGGUUUGAUUGCAAAGGAUAAAAGUGGAACAUCUGAUCCAUAUGUUACUGUACAAGUUGGAAAAGUUAAGAAGCGGACCAAGACCAUGCCACAAGAGCUCAAUCCAGUUUGGAAUGAAAAAUUUUAUUUUGAAUGUCACAACUCAUCAGAUCGUAUCAAAGUCCGAGUGUGGGAUGAAGAUAAUGAUCUCAAAUCCAAACUGAGGCAGAAACUUACACGAGAGUCAGAUGAUUUUCUUGGACAGACUAUUAUUGAGGUCCGAACACUUUCUGGAGAAAUGGAUGUGUGGUACAACCUCGAGAAGCGCACUGACAAGUCUGCUGUGUCCGGUGCGAUUCGCUUACAUAUAAGUGUUGAAAUUAAGGGUGAAGAAAAGGUCGCACCUUAUCAUGUACAGUAUACAUGUCUUCAUGAAAACUUGUUCCAUUCUCUAUGUGAAGAGAACAGCGGAAUGGUCAAAUUACCAACGGCAAAAGGAGAUGAUGCUUGGAAAGUGUACUUUGAUGAAGCAGCAGAAGAAAUUGUUGAUGAAUUUGCCAUGAGAUAUGGCAUUGAAUCAAUAUAUCAAGCUAUGACGCACUUUCAUUGCUUAUCAACAAAGUACCUGUGCCCUGGAGUGCCUGCUGUGAUGAGUACUCUUCUUGCCAACAUUAAUGCAUAUUACGCACACACUACAGCAUCUUCUGCUGUAUCAGCAAGUGACCGCUUUGCAGCGUCAAACUUUGGGAAGGAGAAAUUUGUUAAGCUGCUGGACCAAUUGCACAAUUCACUUCGGAUAGAUUUGUCAAUGUACCGCAACAACUUUCCAGCAUCGAGCCAAGAAAAACUAAUGGAUCUUAAGUCCACUGUGGAUCUGCUCACCAGCAUCACUUUCUUUCGCAUGAAAGUCCAAGAACUUUCUAGUCCUCCACGUGCAAGCACAGUUGUGAAAGACUGUGUAAAAGCAUGUCUUCGAUCUACAUAUCAGUUCCUCUUUGAGAACUGUUAUGAGCUUUACAACAGAGAAUUCCAGGUCGACCCAAAUGAAGCCAAAAGGGACCAAGAGGAUCACGGGCCUCGCCUGGAUAGUUUGGAUUUCUGGCACAAACUUAUUGCACUCAUAGUGUCCGUCAUAGAAGAAGACCGCAAUAGCUAUGCUCCUGUACUGAAUCAAUUUCCUCAGGAGCUCAAUAUUGGCCAGUUGUCUGCAGCAACAAUGUGGAGCCUUUUUGCUGUUGAUAUGAAGUAUGCUUUAGAAGAACAUGAGCAGCACCGCCUUUGCAAAUCAUCAGCAUACAUGAACUUACACUUCAAAGUGAAGUGGUUACACACUAAUUAUGUGAAGGAUGUGCCUCCAUAUAAAGGAUCGGUUCCAGAGUAUCCAGCGUGGUUUGAACCAUUUGUUAUGCAGUGGCUUAAUGAGAAUGAUGAUGUAUCACUGGAAUAUCUGCAUGGAGCAUUUACAAGAGACAAGAAGGAUGGUUUCCAGAGAAGCAGUGAACAUGCACUUUUCUCAAAUUCAGUUGUUGAUGUGUUCACCCAGUUGACGCAGUGCUUUGAUGUUGUUUCAAAGCUUGAAUGCCCUGAUCCUGAGAUAUGGAAACGCUACAUGAAACGUUUUGCCAAGACAAUAGUAAAAGUAUUGGUAGAGUAUGCUGACAUCGUCAAAAAGGAGUUUCCUAUUCAUCUCAAGGAGGAACGAAUUGCUUGCAUACUGAUGAAUAACAUACAGCAACUGCGUGUACAACUAGAAAAAAUGUUUGAAUCGAUGGGAGGUGAAAAACUUGAAGAAGAUGCAGCCAACAUUUUAAAAGAGUUGCAACAAAAUCUAAACUCUGCUUUGGAUGAUCUGGCAGUGCUUUUUGCAACAAGCCUGGAGCCUCGUAUAACAGCAAGUGUGAAAGAACUAGGAGACUUACUUUUAGCUAUCAAAGGAGGAGGGCAGGUUACACUGAAUCAGCCAUCUCAGAGACAUGCUGUGGCAGCAGAAGCAGAUGAAGUGUUGAGACCACUUAUGGAUUUGCUUGACGGAUCACUAUCACUGUAUGCUGAAUCGUGUGAAAAAACAGUUCUAAAGAGACUGUUGAAAGAGCUGUGGAAAAUAGUUAUGAGAAUACUGGAGAAGACUGUUGUGCUUCCUCCAAUGACAGACAAAAGUAUGAUUUUAAAGAACCUCACAGAUAAUGCCAAGAAUUUGGCUGCAAAUGCGAAGAUUGAAGACAUGUCUCGUCUUUUCAAGAACCACAUGGCUGGAAAGCAGGAUGUAAAAAACGCUCUUAGUGGAGUAAUGGACAUCUCAAAAGAAGUUGAGAAGAAUCUCUCGCCAAAGCAGUGCGCUGUGCUUGAUGUGGCACUGGAUACAAUCAAACUAUAUUUCCAUGCAGGUGGUAAUGGAUUGAAAAAAGCAUUCUUGGAGAAAAGCCCUGAGCUCCAGUCACUUCGUUACGCUCUCUCACUGUACACACAAACAACAGAUACUCUAAUAAAGACAUUUGUCACAACUCAGACAAAUGAAGAAGCACAGAGUAUUGAUGAGGGUAGUGUGGGAGAAGUUUCCAUACAGGUGGAUCUGUUCACUCAUCCAGGAACUGGAGAACAUAAAGUGACAGUCAAAGUGGUGGCAGCCAAUGACUUAAAGUGGCCCACAGUAACGGGAAUGUUCCGGCCAUUUGUGGAAGUUAAUCUCAUUGGACCUCAUUUAGCUGAUAAAAAACGAAAGCAUGCAACCAAAUCUAAAUCAAACAACUGGUCUCCAAAGUACAAUGAAACUUUUCAUUUCAUUAUUGGAAAUGAAGAGCAGCUGGAUUACUUUGAACUUCACAUAUGCAUCAAAGACUACUGUUUUGCUCGGGAAGAUCGUUUAGUUGGUGUAGCUGUAAUGCAGCUCAAAGACAUUGUGGAGCAGGGUUCAUGUGCUUGUUGGCUCUCACUGGGGAAAAGGAUACAGAUGGAUGAAACAGGUUGGACAAUUUUGAGAAUAUUAUCUCAGCGAACAAAUGAUGAAGUAGCAAAAGAAUUUGUCAAACUGAAGUCUGAUGUCCGGACGGAAAAUCCUUUACCAAACCCAACGUGAGAGUCCUGUGAUUGAUAGGUUAGUGAAUGGAAAUGACUCUUCCACCGUCCGGCAAUAUUUGCCACAAAAAUGCAGAAGAAAUGUGAAGUGAAAUGUGUGUGCAGUGAAGUUUGUUAGGUAACUAUGGCUUUAAGUGAGCUGGUACAAAUUACCAUUGAUCACAAAAAAUAAAUAAAUAAGUAAAAAAAUAAAAAAGAGACAGUAUAAAGAUUUGGAAAAACCAACACCAUUCCAUGUGAUUGCUAAUCGAAAGAAGGAAACUGCAAUAGCAGAAGUUUUUACAAAAGGAAUCGCACAUAAUAUAAUUACAGAAAUGAAGGAAAUGAAACAGCUUUUGUAUUUCAUUUACAAAUUAUCUUUUAAAGAAAAACGUAAUAAAAUUUAUCCCAAAAAAUGCUUGUUUUGCUGGCUCAAGCAACAUACAAGACCAUAUUCUGAAUUUCUGUAAUCAUGGGAACUGUCAAAAGUUUUCAGCAAUACACAUAUGUGCUAUUGUUAAAUGUUUGGCGAUGUACAUGGCUUGAAAAGACUUUAUUCAGUGAAUGGAAAUUGUGACCAAGUGAUGUUAAUGUGCUUAAAGGACACAUUGUCACAGUUACCCAUGUGCUCUCCUCACAUUUUCAUAACUAGACCAAUGGUUACACUGUAUACAUAAAAGACAAGAUGUGCUUUUUUGAAAAACUUUUGCAUCUUGUCUUGAAUGAAACUGCAUUUUAUUAUUCUAAAUGCUCCAACAAAGCACCAAUAAUGUGCCCCCUCAUUAAGUUCCAUGUGAGACAUUGUUAAAAUAUUUCAUGUUCUCUUUGCUUCAGAACACUGGUAUCCAACUAUUUCACUGUGAUAUUUUUGAGGCUACCUGCCUUCCAGCCUCUUUGACAGGUCAUAUCGACCACUUAAGAUCUCUAUUUCUCUCUUUAUCUUCCAUAACACAGUAAUAGCUUUUUAAAGAAAAAUGUAUGCUCAUGUGCGUAUGCAUGUACAUAAAAAUUAGAUCACUGAUAAAAACUCAGUCACAAAUGAUUUACGUAUU